AUGACUUCUUUCUUUCUUUCUUUCUUUCUUUCUUUCUUUCUUUCACCCACAUUUAUUUUCCUUUUUCUUUCUUUCUUUCUUUCUUUCUUUCUUUCUUUCUUUCUUUCUUUCUUUCUUUCGCCCACGUAUGUUUUCUUUUUCUUCCUUUCUUUUAUUCGUUCUUUAUUUAUUUCUUUUCACCAUCUUUCUUUCUUUCUUUUCUUCUGUCCAAUGACUUCUUCCUUUCUUUUUUUCUUUCACCCACAUUUAUUUUCCUUUUUCUUUCUUUCUUUCUUUCUUUCUUUCUUUCUUUCUUUCUUUCUUUCUUUCUUUCGUUCUCCCACAUAUGAGCUUCAGUCUGCCUCUGACUUUGUCUAUCUCUCUUAUACUCCUUCAUUCUCUACUUUAUUUGUCUCCCUUUCUCCUUCUUUUGCUCUUUCUCUCCCGUCUCCCCUUCCUGACGUACUUAUUCUUAGGCUCCCUUUCUCUCUUCUUCUCCCCCUCUUUCUCUAUUUCUCACUCUCUUCGUUGAUGUACCCUUUUAAACCUCGGUCUUUCUUUCUUUCUUUCUUUCUUCCUUUCUUUCUUUUUCCGUCUGUAUCUUUCUAUCUCUCUCACUUGCUUGAUGUCACCCAUUCUCACCAUAGAAGUUAUUUUUGCUCUCUCUUUCCCUUACUUUCUCUCAUAUUUAUAACUUUCUUUUCGUUUUCUGCCUGUCUGUCUGUCUCUCUCUCUUUUCCUUCUUUAAUGUCUCUUGCUCUCACCUUUGAAUUUAUUUUCACUCUUUCUUUCUCUCUCUCUCUUUCUCUCGGAAAUGAUCAAAUUUGUCUCUCUCAGACUCGUUUUUUCUCUCUUUUUUUCAGUGUCCCUCCACAUUUGACAAUCAGUGUUUUCUUUCUUUCUAAGCCUCUUUAUUCUUCUCCCUCAUUCUCUCUCUCUCUCUCUCUCUCUCUCUCUCUCUCUCUCUCUCUCUCUUUCUUUCUUGCUGGACCUUCCCAUUUGACCUGCACUUUUUCUAAUCUAUCUAUCUAUCUAUCUAUCUAUCUAUCUAUCUAUCUAUCUAUCUAUCAGUUUGUCUCUAUCUGUCUGUCUUUUUGCAUGCCUGUCUGUCUCCCUGUCUUUUACAUUUCCGUCUCAGUAUCUAUCUAUCUAUCUAUCUAUCUAUCUCCCUUGAUAGUCAGUUCCAAUACAUCCCAGCUACAGGGGUUUUUCUUUCCGGUUAUUUCCCUGACACACACUCCAGAAUUAAGGCUUUAUUUAUGGUCCACAUAA